UAUUGGCUUUUGAGGGGAAGAGACAUUUCUUGAAAAUGUUUGCGCCAUUUUCAAAUAAGGAAUUCAGUGACUUUUAAAGAAAUAAAACAAAAAACAAAAAAACGGGGGGUGAACCAAAACCCAGCCUUAAGUUGAUUUAGACAGAGGGUCAUUUAAGUAUUAUAAAUGUGCUUCCAAGCCGAACAAACAAACAGGCUCCAAGGUGGAGCUGCUGCUGGCUGGGGCGCGAGGCGCACGCGGCUGAAACGGGAAGCGCACGCGGCGCUCCGGGUUUGGAUUCAGGAAGUUGGCUGCUGUCUUCCUGGCUGGACGGUCGCUUUCCUCCCCGCUGUUUGUCGCGGCUCUAGGUCCAGUUAAAGACGUUUUUUUUUUGGUCUCAAACGUAAAACAUGGAGGUGGACCCGGUGUUCACCAUCAAUAGCUCUGAGCGAAUCACCUUUAUCCCCUUGCUGGACCAGCUCCCCAGCUACCAGUCCCUUCUGUAUCGCAGGAAGUCAUCAACCAUCGCCAACAAACGGCGAGGCAGCUCCAGAUCAAGGUUUGGUUCCAUAGGUAGCGUGAAGUCGACGGUGAGCACAAUCAACCGACAUGAUGACAAAGAGCCGGAGGUGCGGCCCAUCAGAGAGCUGACCAUGUCCAUGAAAGACAAACGAAGAGAGAGAGAAAAGCGCACAGUGAAAGCUCAGGAUCUCGGGAACUGGGGACAAUGGCAACGAAACACUCGCAGGUAUCUGAAAAGGAUGAAGGAGGAUUCUGAGGACAGGCUGAACUCUAUGAAGCUCUGGAGGAGGGACAUCCAUCAGAUAGAGGCAAGAUUUGGAACAGGAAUUCUGUCCUACUUCUCCUUCCUGAGGUUCCUGGUCGUGCUCAACCUGAUCAUUUUUCUGCUCAUGUUCUGCUUCAUCAUGUUGCCCAUCAUCAUCAUCCCAUACACUUCAGGAAAUGCCACCUACAGCCACCCAGAUUCCGGAAAUGUCUGCAGUGUGUAUCCAAGCAGCGCUCGUCGGGGCCUUGUCAUCUUUCAUGAGCACAUCACAGAUCUACUUUCUGGUGGAGGUUUUCUGGAGCAGACAUACCUGUUCUAUGGCUUUUACAAGGUGGACAAAAUCCACUAUCCCAGCUGCACUUAUAAUUUGGCUUUAGCCUAUCUGCUGACUACUAUUUCAUACCUGCUAGUGAGCCUGAUCUGGAUUGUCAAAAGGUCUGCUACGGGCUUCAAGCAGAACCUGGUGAAGGAUGAGGACUCCUUCCAGUGUUUCUGCAACAAGAUCUUUGCUGGCUGGGACUUCUGCAUCACCAACGAGAAAGCAGCAGAGCUGAAGAGGAGCAGCCUGCUCUACGAGCUUCGGACAGACUUGGAGGAAGAGCGGAUGAAACAAGAAAAAGCCAAACGCACCAGGAAGGACAAAUGUCAGAUUUACACCGUCCGCUUCAUCCUGAACCUGUUUGUGAUUGCUGUUCUGGCUGGCUGCUUCUACAGCAUCUAUUUAGCCACCACCUUCUCUCAGGAGCAUCAACGGAAUCAAGUGAAGGUGAACUUCAUCGUGGAUCUGAUCUAUGAAUACCUCCCGUCCAUCGUCAUCACCAUGGCCAACUUCAUCACUCCAUUGCUCUUCUCUGUCAUCAUUAAUUAUGAGGAUUACUCUCCGGCCUUCGAGAUCCGCUUCACCCUCAUCAGGUGUGUUUUCAUGCGGUUGACCAGCAUCGGGGUCCUGCUCUUCUCCCUGUGGUCUCAGAUCACUAACUGUGGGGAGGGGGUGAAGUGUAUUUGUGGCUACAAUGCGACUCUGUACUCCUGCUGGGAGACCCGGGUCGGUCAGGAGAUGUACAAACUCACAAUCUUUGACUUCAUCAUCAUCGCUGCCGUCACCAUCCUUGUGGAGUUUCCCCGAAAGCUGAUUGUUACGUACUGGAAAUCGGGCUUCUCUAAGUGGUGGGGCGAGCAGGAGUUCGGUAUUCCUCAGAACGUGCUGGAGAUCGUUUAUGGCCAGACCAUCUGCUGGAUCGGCACCUUCUACUGCCCACUGCUGCCCGCCAUUUGCACCAUCAAGUACUUCUUCAUAUUCUACAUCAAAAAGCUGUCGUUAAUCAAAAACUGCCGUCCGUCCACGCGUCCGUUCCGGGCGUCCAGCUCUAACUUCUUCUUUCUGGGCGUGUUGCUGAUCGGCCUCGCUCUGGCCUGUGUUCCGGUUGGAGUCAGCGUGGCACAAAUCAACUGCUCCCAGGCCUGCGGACCUUUUGUGAACUACACCACGUCCUGGGAGGCGUUGCCGACAGCGGUGUCGGAACUGUCGCUCGGACCCAAGAAUUUCCUCCAUGCGCUCUCCUCGGAGGCCUUUGCUGUCUCCUUUUUUGUUGUUUCGUGUUUGGCCAUGUUUUACGUUAUCGCUCUGGCUGGAGCCCACAAGAAAGUAAUUAAACAGCUAAAGGAGCAGCUGGACAUGGAGGGUCAAGACAAACGCUACCUGAUCCUGAUGCUGUGCCAGGCCCAGGGGCUCUCCAGACCUCAGCCCUCAUCAUCCUCAUCGAAGCCACGCAGCUGCAGCAGCCCCAGCUACCACACCAGCUUCAACAGCGACUUUCCUCAAGGGCUUCUGCUGGUCCAUCCUCCCCCUAACUCCUCCACCCACCGGCUCAGCUGGCCGGAACCGGAGGCAGCGUGUGGUGUUACUCGGUCAGUCAGUCAGUCGGUAAAAAUGCUCCGAAUCACGGUCCGGGCGGACGUGGGAACCCUGUGGUUCUUGUCCUGGAUCGUUUGUUGUCAUGUCUGGGCCGUCUCUUCGGAAGACAUCGUGGUGGCGUGCGGAGGUUUCGUCAAAUCCGACGUUGAAAUCAACUAUUCUCUGAUCGAGAUCAAACUCUACACCAAACAAGGGUCACUAAAAUACCAAACCGACUGUGCUCCGAUCAACGGCUACUUCAUGAUCCCCCUCUACGAUAAGGGAGACUUUGUUCUGAAGAUUGAGCCUCCUCUGGGAUGGAGUUUUGAACCUACCAGUGUGGAGCUGCAUGUGGACGGAGUCAACGACAUCUGCACCAAAGAGGAGGAUAUCAACUUUGUGUUCACGGGCUUCUCCGUGUCUGGAGCGGUUCUGAGCAGUGGUCAUCUGCUGGGCCCAGCAGGGGUCGAGGUGACCCUGAGCCGAGCCGGAACCGAGGAGAAACUGCAGACUGUGGUCACACAGCCCGGCGGAAAGUACACCUUCUUCAAAGUUCUGCCGGGACAUUAUGACAUCACAGCGUCCCACCCGUCCUGGACGCUGAAGCAGAGAUCCACCUCCGUGCACGUCUCCACCGUCAACGCUCCGGCCGCUGAGCAUCUGGUGGUCGCGGGAUACGACGUCUUCGGGGAGGUCCGCAGCGACGGAGAACCGGUGAAGGACGUCACCUUCCUUCUGUACUCGUCCACCGUCAGCAAGGAGGACGUCAGCGGCUGUAACCCGUCUCCGGUGGAGGGAGCUGACUCUGGGGACAGCUCUCUGCUGUACCUGUGCAGCGCUCAGUCCAGAGAUGACGGCAGCUUCAUCUUCUCUUCACUGGCCAGCGGCGAGUACACAGUUGUGCCUUUCUACCGGGGGGAGAGGAUCACUUUUGAUGUCGCUCCGUCAAGGAUGAACUUUAAGGUGGAACACAACAGCCUGAAGCUGGAGCCCAUCUUCCGUGUGAUGGGGUUCUCUGUGACGGGUCGAGUCCUGAACGGCGGCGGUGGGGAGGGCGUGGCGGAGGCCGCUGUCUCCCUCAACAACCUGAUCAAAGUGCUCAGUAAGGAGGACGGCUCCUUCCGGCUGGAGAACAUGACAGCCGGCACCUACACCAUCCGCGUGAGCAAGGAGCUCAUGUUCUUUGAGCCGGUCACGGUGAAGAUCGCCCCCAACACCCCCCAGCUUCCUGACAUCAUCCCAGCAGGGUUCAGCGUCUGCGGUCAGAUCUCCAUCAGCCGCCUGCCGGAAGGCAUGAAGCAGCAGAGCCGCUACAGGGUCAUCCUGACCCCACGGGGCCAAGACAAGGCCACCAGCCGCAGCGUGGACUCCGACCCGCAGGGGGCCUUCUGCUUUCAGGCCAAACCGGGAGACUACAACAUCCAUGUGUCCCUGCCCGACGCGGAGGUGAAGGCAGGCCUGGCUCUGCAGCCUCAGGUCCUGGAGGUGUCCCUGCUGGACCGGCCCCUCACCGACCUGCUGUUCACGCAGUUCAUGGCUUCUGUCUCCGGAAAAGUCUACUGUCUAGCUUCUUGCGAUGACGUGUCGGUGACGCUGCAGCCGGUGAGCCGGCAGGGGGACAGGAAGACGGUGGCGCUGUCCGGGAGCAGUGACGUCCUCAGCUUCUCUUUCGACAACGUUCUGCCUGGGAAAUACAAAGUGGGUAUUCCUCACGAGGAGUGGUGCUGGAAGCAGAAGUCCAUGGAAGUGGAGGUGCUGGACUCGGACGUCAUGGGGGUGGAGUUCAGGCAGAUCGGUUUCAUCCUGCGCUGCUCUCUUUCCCACGCCAUCAUUCUGGAGUUCUUUCAGGACGGCAGCAAACCGGAGAACGUCGGCGUGUACAAUCUCUCCAAGGGAGUCAACCGCUUCUGCCUGUCCAAGCCUGGUGUGUAUAAGGUCACCCCGCGCUCCUGCCAUCAGUUUGAGCAGGAUUUCUACACGUAUGACACCUCAGCCCCCAGCAUCCUGACGCUCACGGCGGUGCGGCAUCACAUGACGGGACUCAUCACCACCGACAAGCUCCUCGACGUCACCGUCACCAUCAAGUCGUCCAUCGAGAGCGAGCCGGCGCUGGUGCUGGGCCCCCUGCGCAGCCUGGAGGAGCAGCGGCAGGAGCAGCAGCUGCAGGAGAUCCAGCUGCGCCGCCAGGAGCGGGAGCGCCGCGCUGCCGGAGACGAGGGAGGAGCCAAGGACGACAGCCCGCCCAUCCAGGAGAAGGCGGACGACCUGAUUGGCCCCUUCCACUACGAGUUUUCUUACUGGGCCAGGGCUGGUGAGAGGGUCACCGUGACCCCUUCCUCCAAAGAGCUGCUUUUCUACCCCCCCGAAGUGGAAGCAACCAUCACAGGAGAUUCCUGUCCCGGUCGGCUGGUGGACAUCAUCGGACGAGCGGGGCUCUUCUUGGAGGGAACCGUCUCACCGGCGCUCGAGGGGGUGGAGAUCUCCAUCACUGAGAGAGGAGCUUCUGCUCCGCUCAUCACUGUGGCCACAAACGACGUUGGAGCGUACAGCGUGGGUCCGCUCCACAGCGACCGCAGCUACGACAUCAGUGCCAGGAAGGAGGGCUUCGUCCUGAGCCCAGCUGAGGGAACCCGGGGGGACUUCAAGGCCUUCGCUCUGGCAGGCGUUACCUUUAAGAUCAAGUCAGAGGAUGGACAGCCGCUGUCAGGCGUCCUCCUGUCUCUGAGUGGAGGACAGUUUCGCUCCAACCUCCUGACGCAGGACACCGGCCUCCUCACCUUCAACAACCUGACUCCUGGUCAGUACUACUUCAAACCCAUGAUGAAGGAGUUCCGCUUCGAGCCCGCCUCUCAGAUGAUCACAGUGGAGGAGGGCCAGAACCUCAGCAUCGACAUCACCGGCAUCAAAACUGCCUACAGCUGCUAUGGAGCCGUGCAGUCGCUGAGUGGGGACGCAGAGCGCGACGUGGCCGUGGAGGCGGUGGGGCAGGGAGACUGCAGCCUCUACAGCGAGGACACGCUCACGGACGAAGACGGGCAAUUCCGCCUGCGGGGGCUGCUGCCUGGUUGCAAAUAUCUGAUUCAGCUGCGAGCUGAAGGAAACGACCACAUCGAGCGAGCCCUGCCGAAGCACAGAGCCAUAGAGGUCGGAAACAGCGACAUUGAAGGAGUCAACAUCAUCGCGUUCAGGCAGAUCAACCAGUUUGACCUCAGCGGGAACAUCAUCACGUCUCCAGAGCACCUGCCAACUCUGUCGGUAAAACUGUACAGAAUUGACAAUCUGGACAAUCCCAUCAACAGUGUGUCUCUGGGACAGUCUUUGUUCUUCCACUUCCCCCCUCUGGACCAGGAUGGGGAGACCUACGUGCUGAUGCUGUACUCCACGCUGUCCCGCUCCCAGUACGACUACACUCUGCCUCAGGUGUCCUUCAGCACCUCCGGCCACCACAAGCACGUCACGCUCACCUUUAACCCCACGCGUAAAGUGCCUGACCAGGAUGUUGCACAGGGAUCCUACAUCGCUCUACCCCUCACUCUGCUGCUGCUUCUGGCCGCAUACAACCACGAGAAGGUGAUCCCCAUGCUGCUGCAGCUGGUGAACCGCAUCCAGGGGGUGAGGAGCAUGGCCCAGGCCAGCGCCGACGGAGCCGCUCUAGAUGAAGCCAAGCGCCAGACCAAGAGACAGAAGGCGCGGCGUACGUGAGGCACGCCACGGCCUCGGUGGAGCGCCGGCCCCGGUACUGCCGGUUUUCCUUUGAGCUCGUCAAGGCGUGAUCUGACAGCAGGCUCGGGGGUGGAGCCCCAGGAGAGACCAUUCGACUUUCUUUUGCCCACAUGACUCCUGUCCAAAUCUCAAAUCUCAGAACAAUUCUAAAGAAUUUAUCUCUCUUCAAGUUUCCCGUUGUGGUUCUGAAAGCACUUCCAUGCCUUCGAUCGUAGUCUUAAUAUCAUUUUGUCCCUCUUUAAGAUCAGAAAAACCCACAUGUUGAAUUCUAAUCAGACUGUUGAUAAAAUUUGUUAGUCCAUAAAAGUCCGUUUAGGUUUAGGGUUUUUCUGAAAUGUUAGUGGCACAUUUUUACAGAACUGUAGCUGAGCGGCAGCUGGAGACUUUCAGUGAUUAGAUCUUUGAACUCCUGAUCUGAUCUGGGGUCUCCUCCAUUUCAUUGUGAUUUAAGAGGAACUGUGUCAGUUUUCUCAGGGGAUGAAAACAAAUCUGAAUAAUGGAGUGAAGUUUGGUUAAUUUAUUAACACUGAUUCUCAUAUGAACACUAGUCUAGUUUGUGUGAAAGAACGUUUCUUUGGACUGUGGCGGAUGACUUUUUGAAUCCAUUCUUUCAGACAGUGUGUGGUUACAUUUUUCUACAACAUUAAAAGGACUAAAGAUGUUCUUCCUGCGUUUGAUGAUGAUGAUGAUGAUGAUGAUGCUCUGCGAGGUCGCAGGGUCCAACCGUACUGUGAAAAGUCUGUCAUGUGUGUCACACCAACAGGGAAACUAUUCCAGGUGGGGCACAUUUAAAGAGCUGUUCAUGUGUUUUUCAAAAUAAAGUUUGACCACAAUGAA